AAUAAAAGAGGCAUUGAACAAAAAAAGCAUAAAAAAGGUCUCGUUUUUAAACCUUAUUAUAUAAACCUCAACGAUUUGAUCUCAAGCGGACGAAAGGGCAACAGCGAUGUCGAAGAAAGGAGGAAGAAGAGGGCAUCUCACAAAAUCCCUUUAUUCGCACAGCCAAAACAUCCAAGAAACUUUCCAAAUGCUCGAUAAACCUGCUUCUUCUUCUCUGGACAAAGUGGAUUGGCCUGACGUCGUCAAAUUGGGGGAUGAAGUUUCUAAGCAAGCAACCAUUGCUGGAAUGCUUUGGAAUGGAGAGCCCCGUGAAGUGAAAGAAUUAGAGGAGAAUAUGGAAGCAUACUUCAACAUGCUUCAGGGGUUCCUUUUGACAUGUCAUGGGAGUACUGUCAAUGCUGGACCCACCCUCCAUGAAAGAAUACAUAGCUCUGCCAAACAAGUCGUGGAUUCCAGUCUUUCGUUAUUAAAAGAGGCUGUUUCAAUAUACGAUUCUGGUGAACCCAGCAAAAGAUUGAUUAUUCCUCAGCUAGCUGGCUCAGUAUGGGAAGCAUGCACUGCCCUCAAAAAGACCCCAACAACAAAUUGCACAGCUAUCGUGAGGGCUAUUACUCUGGUUGCUGUCUCGGUGAAGGACGUCCUUCGAGAGAUGAAAGAACUCAAAACUGAGUCAAAUACCGACGUUAAUGAUCAAGAAGAAGAAAUGGAUGAUGCUUUGAGUGAUGAUGGUCUUGGUGACGACCUCUCCGCCGAAGAAAUGAUCAUUGCACAACUAGUCAUUAAUGUCACGUACACUUCACUGAAUGCAUUGAAAGAAGUAAUCCAGUUCUUAUCAGGCUUGCUUAAAAACCCAAACGUAGAACUCGAUAAAAAGGAUUCUGUCGACCUCUUGGAGAGAUUGCUAGGCUAUUGCAAGGAGAUUGGCUCUCAAGUUAGUGAGCUUGGAGCUUGCGUUUACCCUCCACAGGAGAUUUCAGAUAUGAAGAUGAUAGCCAAGAAGAUUGCUCAUGGAGUUGGGGAGAUUAGAGGAGAUGUUGAAAGGAUAGAGAGCUCCAAUGAGAAAUUGUUCGUUGCUUUCCAAGCUUUGGAGACUGCAUUAGGGAAACUGGAUGGGUUGGAUGGCGAUCUAGAGUUUGAAAUGCACAGGCUUGCGUUAAAGUAAAAAUUCUAAGUGUUUGGGUUGAUUUUUGUAGUGUGAUUGUGGUGAUGCUGUGAGAUUAAAUUUAGUGGCUGGAAGGAAAUAUGUAUGCAAGGUGUAUUUAUGUUUUAGUUAAAUUAUUAUUUUGAACUUUUGGCUUGUUGAUGCUCGGUCGAUGACAUCAGUGUUCAGUGAGCUGACAGUACUUUGUUCCUGUUGCUCAGGUAUGCGUCAAAGAAGAUUGCUAAAUAUGAAGGGCGUAUACUGUGUUGUUC